GAGUGCAGGAGCAGAGCGGGCGGCUUCGAACCAUCCGCGGCCUGAAGCUGGGUGGGUGCGCCGAAACUUCCGGACCCCCCAGGAGUCGGCCGGUCAUCCGGACGCCAGCGCUGCCUCAGCGGUGACUACCUUCUCCCAACACAUUGCUUCCCUUCUUCACAGAAGGCCCAUGGCAGACAAGGGCUCAGGGGGAAGCCGCCUGCCCCUGGCGCUACCCCCUGCCUCCCAGGGUUGCUCCUCAGGAGGCGGCGGGUCCUCGUCGGGGGGCUCGGGCAACCCGCGGCCCCCGCGUAACCUUCAAGGCCUGCUGCAGAUGGCCAUCACGGCGGGCUCUGAGGAGCCAGACCCCCCUCCAGAACCCAUGAGCGAGGAGAGGCGGCAGUGGCUGCAGGAAGCCAUGUCCGCCGCCUUCCGCGGACAGCGGGAGGAAGUAGAGCAGAUGAAGAGCUGCCUGCGAGUGCUAUCCCAGCCCACACCCCCUGCAGCCGGGGAGGCUGACCUGGUGGCUGACCAGCAGGAGCGCGAGGGGGCCCUGGAGCUGCUGGCCGACCUGUGUGAGAACAUGGACAAUGCUGCAGACUUCUGCCAGCUGUCGGGCAUGCACCUGCUGGUUGGCCGCUACCUGGAGGCGGGGCCCGCGGGGCUGCGGUGGCGGGCGGCACAGCUCAUCGGGACAUGCAGUCCUGCUGCAGAACCUGCUGGUGGGCCACCCUGAGCACAAAGGGACUCUGUGCUCCAUGGGGAUGGUCCAGCAGCUGGUGGCCCUUGUGCGGACAGAACACAGCCCUUUCCAUGAGCACGUACUUGGAGCCCUCUGCAGUCUGGUGACGGACUUCCCCCAGGGUGUGCGUGAGUGCCGGGAGCCCGAGCUGGGCCUGGAGGAGCUCCUCCGUCAUCGUUGCCAGCUGUUGCAGCAGCGUGAAGAGUACCAGGAGGAGCUGGAGUUUUGUGAAAAGCUGCUGCAGACCUGUUUCUCCAGCCCGACGGACGACAGCAUGGAUCGGUGAAGCCGCUGGCCUCUCGCCUUGGGGAGGGCUCUUGUGGGCACCCCAGGCUUCCUGCCCCUCCCCAUCCACAACACCCUGUCCGAGGGAUCGCAGGGCCUUGGUGCCUGGGUCCAGGCAGCGCCUGGAGGGCGCAGAGAGGCCCUGCUCCUUGGCUCCCUGCUGCUCACUCCCCUGCCCUUCUCCUGCAUUCACACUGCUCUUUUGGUGCAGGGAUCCCAUCUGCCCCCACUGCCGCCCCCUGGUGCACCUGGAGCCCAGGGAGGGGCCUGGGGGCUUGGGGAGCCACUGGAAAAUAAAACUGUUGCUCUUUAUCAUCCGCA